ACACAUACCGAAUAGGAUCUCAUCUCCAACUUGCUUUCACACUUGAAAGUCAUUACCUUCAUAAAAGGAUCAUAACAUCACACGUACAAUGCAAAUAAAACAACAUAACUAAGAAACCAACAAACAACAAGAACAACUGUGUUGUAUUGUGUUCUUUGCUAUGUGAUCAUGGCAAACCGUGUUGUUCCAAAUCCACGUGAAGCUCAUCCUGAUGCUUUUCAUGUCUCUGGUCCUAGAAAUGUCACUUCCCUUAAUUGGAGAGAUCUUAUAAGCUCUAGUUGGAAGGAUCCAAAGUACAAGCGAACAGUCAUUGCCUGCUUUAUACAGGCAGUGUACUUGCUUGAACUUGAUAGACACGAGAAAAGAGCACCGGACAAUGCCCUAGCCCCGAAUUGGUGGAUUCCCUUCAAAUACAAGCUCACGAAAACAUUAAUUGACGAACGAGAUAAAUCCAUUUUUGGCGCAAUACUUGAAUGGGAUCAGUCCGCAGCACUGGCUGACUUAGUACUAAUUAGACCAAGUGGUGCCCCUAGAGCUGUUUUAGUACUCCGAGGAACAUUACUCAGAAGUCCUACAAUGCGAAGAGACAUUGAAGAUGACCUCCGUUUCGUUGCUUGGGAAAGCUUGAAAGGGUCUGUCAGGUUUAAGGUGACUUUGGAGACUCUAAAAUCAAUUUGUGAAACCUAUGGAAGUAGCAAUGUAUGCAUUGCAGGCCAUUCCUUAGGGGCUGGUUUUGCUCUUCAAGUAGGAAAAGAACUAGCGAAACAAGGAAUCUAUGUGGAGGCACAUUUAUUCAAUCCACCUUCCGUUUCACUGGCGAUGAGUCUAAAAAAUAUAGGAGAAAAGGCUGAAUACGUUUGGAGUAGAGUUAAAUCUGUGCUUCCUUAUGGUAAGGAAGCAAAAGUUAGCAACGAUGUGGAUAAGACCUCGGCUGUCGCAUCGAAAAGUUGGAUGUCUCGGUUACCCCGUUCCGGUUCCGGUUUGAAGGAUGCUAGUGUUGUUGGUAUAACAAAAUGGAUUCCUCAUUUGUAUGUUAACAAUAGUGACUAUAUAUGUUGCUAUUACAAUGACACUAAUGGAACAGCGGAGAAAGUGGUUGAUAAGGAGAAUGUAGGUGGACAAAUUGCAGCAAAAUUGUUUGUUGUGUCUAAGGAAAAACAAAAAUUUCUUGAGGCUCAUGGAUUGGAACAAUGGUGGUCAAGCGAUGCAGAGCUUCAACAGGUUAUUCAUAACAGCAAACUCAUAAGUAGACAACUUUCAUCUUUAUACACUUCUACUCCUUCCCGAAUUGUAACAAUUGUUAAGGCAUUGUAAUAAAUGCAUUGCACUGGAUACAUUGCAACUCUCAUUUUUCAAACUUAAUAAUACAGCCUGUACUUGGUUUAUAUUCAAACCUUAUUAUCUUACAGAAGCCAAUGAAUAAGAGGUACAUACUGUGUGA